AUUGGGCUGUCUUCAUGUAACAACUGAAUCAAAUGUAUCCAUUCUAAAAUACUGUUUUCUUCAUCUUGGUCUUUAUUUUUAGUCUGAAUUCUUUUCUUUAAAAGGAAGCAGAUUUGUCUCAUCUCUGUCAUUGGUGAACACAAACACCGUCACCGUAGGCUGACUCCGGAAGAAGGAAGGAGCAGGUUUGGGUUCUUUUCUGAAUACACAGACCCACGGAGAACAUCCAGACCACCAGGCUGCUCGGGUGUGACAGAACUUUCAGAAACUCCACUGGAGAGAACACUUUUGUUGUCUCCUCAAAAGCAAAUACUCAAAUAUAUGUACCUAUAAUCCAUCCAGAACACUUCCAGAACCCCCUGCUGUCUGUUUUUGCCUUGUGCAUCAUUCGUACCAGGAUCACACUAAAGUUAGUUGUUUGUUUUGUAGCCCGGCUUUGGCAGAUCCGUGUGUUUUGGUUCCGGGUCGUCUUCGUGGUCUAUUUGCUGUACAGUUGAUCUGUGUUCUGCUUUUCUGAUGUUUGUAUAAAAAUGGUUCCUGUUUAGUUCGGUUCAUGUCAUUGGUGGAAGCCUUUGUGGGGGUGAUGACACCAUGGCGUGUUGUUGUAAGCUUCCUCCCAAACAUUGUGUGAUACUUGAGCCGCAUAAACUGUUCCAUUGUGCAUUACAUCAGAAUUAACUGGAUUAGCAUGCUAGCAGUCUCAGAUUAGCAUUCGGCCUCCUGGAAAGAGUUAUUAGAUUAUGGCAGCAGAUCCUGAACACAUGCAGGAAGUCUAUUUGCAGGAUCCAGCUUCUCCUCUGCUGUGCUCACACAUGUUGUGUUCAUGUUGUGUAGAUGUUCAUGCUUCAUUGGUACAUUUAUUUUCUUCAUAACAUUUUUCUUUGCUGCUCCAGAUUCUCAAAAACAAACCGUUUCACAAUUAUUUACCUCUUAUGUAACUUCCAGAGCCAGGUCAGGGUGUGUGUUUGUGUGUUUGUUUGUGUGCAUGUGGAUCCGUGUCUGUGUUUGUGCGUGUGUUCAUGUAUCCUCAUGUGUUCUUCAGGUUGUGUAUGAAUGCACUGACCUGCUGUGACCUCUGUUCUCCUGUUCCUGUGUUGACCUGAAUCCGUCUCCUCGCACAGAUUAAAGAACUCUGUCAUUUGUUGUUGUAAACCUCAGUUUCUGCUGCAGUCACACACCUUUGUUUUGACACACAUGGUGUUUUUAUGAGCAUUGUGGAGUAUUUUGUCAGUGAGAUCCAGUGAUGCUUUGUCGUCAUGAGCUGCUGUGACAUGAGCCCAUGCAGGGAGGCUCAGACGAACUCUGCUCAUAAACAGGAGUCAGAGAGUCAGUGCCACCUCCACCAGAGGAGCAGGGAUCUUCUGCUUUUGUAUUCUGAGGACAUGCACCUUUCCUCUUCCAGAGUGAGCCUGACACCGAGGCAAAACCUCCCACGGAUCAUCCUGAAGGGAAUCUUCCAGGGCGUGAAGGUGGUUCGUGGACCGGACUGGGACUGGGGGAACCAAGACGGUGGGGAGGGGAAGGUUGGGAAGGUAGUGGACAUUCGAGGCUGGGACACAGAGUCUGGUCGCAGCGUUGCAAGUGUCACCUGGACUAAUGGCACCACAAACGUCUACCGCAUGGGCCACAAGGGCAAGGUAGACCUGAAGUAUGUGUCAGAUGGUCAAGGAGGCUUCUACUACAAAGACCACCUCCCUAAGCUGGGAGAGCACGCAGAGCUGCAGCGGCAGGAGAGUGCAGACGGCCACUCCUUCCAGCAAGGCGACAAAGUCAAGUGUCUGUUAGAGGUGGACAUCCUGCGACAGAUGCAGGAGGGCCACGGAGGGUGGAACCCCAAGAUGGCAGAGUACAUCUGCCGCAUCGGGACGGUUCACAGAAUCACCGACCGAGGAGAUGUUCGAGUUCAGUACAGCAACAACAUCCGGUGGACUUUCCAUCCCGGGGCCCUCACGAAGGUGAACACCUUUGGGGUUGGUGAGCUGGUCCGAGUGCUGGAUGAGGUGGAGACCGUGAAGAGACUGCAGGCUGGCCAUGGCGAGUGGACGGACAGCAUGACGCCUGUUCUUGGCCAGGUUGGGAAGGUGUUGAAGGUGUAUGCAGAUGGCGACUUGCGGGUGGCUUUCGGGGGCCAGACGUGGACGUUUAACCCAGCGUGCCUCUCCGCCCAGCCUGUGGAGGUGGAUGCCAACCUAAUGACGACCGAGAACCCCAACGAAUCUGGAAGUACGGUAAUAUCUGUGCUUGAAAAGCUGCUGUCACAGUCCACGGAGCAGGACAACCCCAGCCGGCUGGUCAUCGAGGCCGCCCACGGCAGCACCGGCAAAGUGCGGGAGCUGGUACAGAAGCAUCCGGACAAGGUGGACAUCAAGAACCAGGGGAAGACUGCGCUGCAGGUGGCCGCUCACCAGGGCCACAUGGAGGUGGUGAAGGCCCUGCUGCAGGCCAACUGCUCUGUGGAGGUCAAGGAUGAAGACGGAGACACUGCGCUGCACUACGCCGCCUUCGGGAACCAGGCGGAGAUCGCGCGGCUGCUGUUGAGCAAGGGGGCCAACGUCAACCUCCUAAACAACUCCAUGUGCACCGCGCUUCACAUCGCCGUCAACAAGGGCUUCACCGACGUGGUGCGGGUGCUGACCGAACACUCGGCGGACGUCAACCUUCAGGACUCGUAUGGAGACACGCCGCUUCAUGACGCCAUCGCUAAAGACUUCCGCACCAUCAUCGAGAUCCUGGUGGUGGUUCCCAACAUCGACUUCACGCAACAGAACCACCGAGGCUUUAACCUGCUGCACCACGCCGCUCUGAAAGGAAACAAGCUGGCCACAGAGAAGAUCCUGGCCCGAGCGCGACAGCUGGUGGAUGUCAAAAAGGACGACGGGUUCUCGGCGCUCCAUUUGGCUGCUCUGAACAACCACAGAGACGUGGCUGAAGUCCUCGUCAAGGAGGGGCGAUGUGACAUCAACGUCCGCAACAACCGCAACCAGACGGCGCUGCAGCUGGCUGUGACGCAGGGUCACACGGAGCUGGUGCAGCUGUUGGUGGACGAGGGCGCCGACGUCAACAUGGAGGACGAGGACGGUGACACCGCCAUGCACGUGGCCCUGCUCCGCCCACAGCUGGCCAACGUUAUGCUGAGCCCGGCCGUGGGAACCAGCAGCACGGAGGAGAACAGCGACGGCUGCUCGUCCACGAUGCUCUAUGGCAGGCUAAGCUCCUCAGGCCUUCUGGGAAACGGCGAGUUGAGCGUGGGCACCGCCAUCGCCUGCUUUCUGGCGCAGGAAGGCGCCGACAUCAACUACGCCAACCACAAAGGCAAGAGUCCUCUGGACCUGCUGGCAGACAGCAGCACGCUGCAGCUCAUCAAGAGCUUCUCCGACAAGCACAGGUUGCAGCGUCUGCAGGCCAUCACGUGUGGGCAGGGCCUGAGCAGCGCCAGCCUGCGGCGGGUCCACACCACCCCCAACACCAUGACCAACCUGGUUCUUCCCACGCCGCCCGGGCCCAGCGAAUGCCUCAUCUGCUCCGAGCUGGCGCUCCUGGUUCUGUUCUCCCCCUGCCAGCACAGUGUGGCCUGUGAAGAAUGUGCUCACCGUAUGAAGAAGUGCAUUAAAUGUCAGGUCACCAUAACCAAGAAGAUCCGGCAAGACCAAACAGAGGUGGACUGCAGCCCUGGCACGGAGAACUCGGAGCAGCACAACCUGCUGGAGCAGCUGCAGUCCCGCUACCGGCAGAUGGAGGAGCGCAUCACCUGCCCCAUCUGCAUCGACAACCACAUCAAGCUGGUCUUCCAGUGCGGACACGCCUCCUGCAUCGAAUGCAGCGCCGCCCUCAAAACCUGCCCCAUCUGCCGGCAGACCAUCCGCGAGCGCAUUCAGCUGUUCGUCUGAUCCGGCUCCUCCCCCAGAGGAGGGGCUGGUGGAGGGUGUUUCCGUGUUAGAAGCUGUGCUCCAUCACAUUUUGUUUUUGUUUUCCUGGAACAGAAACGUUGCUGUUUCUGUACCUGACCCUCCAGCAGGACAGGUGCUUCUUACCUGAGCCUGAAGGCGUCAGAGCAAAGCGUCGCCACUUUAAAUCCCGGAUGGGGGAGGAGGGGAGAAGAGGGUCACUCAGUUUCUCUUCUAACUCCGCCCAGACUCUGUUUCUCGUGACUCGUUGGAUCGUUGCUGCUUUAAGUGGACGUCUGUUACCCAUCAUCCUCUGCGGCUUUCCGGCCUCUUCUGUUUACACGGCUGCACAGAGAUCCGCUCUCGCCGUCUUCUCCUCAGAUUGUGAUUUGCGUUUGCUCUGAUUUGUAUCGACCUUCAUAAUCAGUGUUACUCUGUCGAGAGCUGCUAUAAGUAAAGGCUCUCCAUAUAAUCCCCAGCCUCCUGUCUGUAUGCAAAGGGGAAAAACACACUAUAUAUGCAUGGGAGUAUGCAUAUGUCUGAGCUAAAACCUGUUCUUGCGAGUGUUCUGUGUUUAUGUCUGUGGUUUCUGAUGCACCUUUCAGUUGACUUUUAUUUAUGUGUGGAAGCUGCUUUGGUGGUCUUUAUUUUUGCUCUGUCUGCUUGGCAAAAACGUCUCUGUUUCUGCUGGAGUUCACCCCAAUGUCCUCUUCUCAGGGUAUCAGAUCAUUUUAAGCACUUGGGAUAUCCGUAAACGUUUCAGGAGCUCCUCCCUCCUCCCAGACCGUCUCCAGCUCUGGAUCUGUGCGAUUAGAGGAGCUUCAUCCCGGAGGCUGAAUCUGAACCUGCAGUGAGUGUCCAGCAGUCGGAGCAUGACUUUAAAUAUCUGUUAGGAGACAAACGUAAAGAACCGUUUACUCCUAAAGCUCCUGAACUGCAUCAGUGCUGCUAACAAGUCAUCCACCGGCCGUCAGUCCAGCUGAAGAUGCUGGCCCUGUAUCCCGUCUCCUCCGGGCCUGCUUCCAGAGAGGGCUCGGUUCCACACUAAAUGGAGAUGAUCCUGUUUGAAUGGGGAGGGGGGCUGUGCUCUGAGAACGACCCAUAUUCCCCAUCAAAUGAAAGCCUUCAUCUGGAUUUGAUGUCCUCCUCCUCCUCUCCAGUAUUUUGCUGUGUACCCUUGAAGGGCUUAUGCAUAUAAGAAAAACAAAUUAUUUAUAUCUUAAUUUAAUAUUUUCUACUUCCAGGUGUUGGAAGUUUUCCUUUUUUAGAAUCUUGAGUUCCCAGAUUUUGGGAGAGCCAAUGUUAAAACUGUACAUUUGAAUGUUGGGAGGGGGAAGUGUAUCCUGUCUCAAUCUGCCUUUUUAUGUUUCAAAAACUAGAUGUAAAGGCGGAAGCGAGAAAGACCGGGUUAAACUAAAGAUUUACUCUGCAAAGAACUUUUUCAUCAGUGCCAAAAAGCAUGAGGACGUGCACGAGCGCCCAAACCUGCAGACACUAAUCUCUGAGUUUAGGAGAGGAUGGAAAUGUUCCAGCGUGAGACGAGGUUUCCUCACAGAAGUAUUAUUUCAGCACAUUUUGAUUUAGCUAAUGAUGUUAGCAUUCUAGCUUCAGCAGUAUUCAUAAGUCCUGUGUGGUUUGAAGCUAUUUUACUACUAUAUAUUUAUACAUAUAUAGUCAGGCAUUAUCAACUGAGGGACGUGUUUCUUACAGAAUUUUGAGCUUUUAAAGAUUGCCCAACGGUCUAAGUGAAAGGUUUUCCAGACAAUGGCAAUAAUUUGUGAUGUUUUUUUUUUUUUUUUAUUACUAAAUGAAAAAAGUUGUUUGCUGUUUCUUUGUCCUUUCAGGGGUUUGCUGUGAGAGCAGAAAAACAUACUUCUAUAUUUAAAAAAGCAAUCUGCAGCUCUGACGUGUUACUGAUGGGUGUUUGUACAGUUCAGCUCUUGGAGUUCUCAUGUUGGCCUUACUGUCCAUUCCUUCUCUGUUGAUGUUUUUCUGUUCUAUUCUGUACAAAAAUAUUUUGCAAUAAAACAGAACAGUUUUUAUAAAGA